AUUCAGAUAAGCACUUGCCUGUGUCCACUAGGACAGGGCCUUCUCCUGAUACCGUACAAUGGAGUCUGCACCGCACGUAAAAUUCCCCAAUCCGUUCCCAUGCGCCACUCCGUCUCCCAGACGCCCGUAUCCACCGGAACCGAAGGCGACCAGGUCGACAUGCCGCGGAUCCAGAGCAGUGUGCGGGGCGUCCAGGAGGAGAGCAGUUUCAGGGAUGGCUCUUCUUGGCGCCGCUGCCUCCUGCGCGAACCUCCUCGCCUUGCCCAUGCCCGGGCAGGCAGCAAUGCUGGAGCCCGAUGUCAUCAGAUACAGAAAGCUGGACAAUGGGGUAAAGCUUGAAGAUGUAGUGGAGGGCGAAGGGCCGGAGGCUGGGGAAGGCGAUCUUGUGCAGUUCAACUACGUGUGCCGCCGUGCAAAUGGUUAUUUCGUGCAUAGCACGGUGAAUCAGUUCAGCGGCGAGAGUAAGCCGGUGACACUUCGACUCGACUCGCAAGAGAUGAUUCGAGGCCUCAAAGACGUUAUAAUCGGCAUGAAAGCCGGAGGCAAGAGGAGGGCUCUGAUACCCCCUGAAGUAGGCUAUAUCGAAGAGACCUUGCAGCCCGUACCUGAGGAGUUUGGACCUCGCCGGAGCCUGCUGUCGCAUGCCAAGGAACCGCUGGUGUUUGAAGUUCAGCUGCUCAAAAUCCUGUGAUCAUUAUCUCAUGAUCAUCACAUGUGAAUGCAAUUGGAAGCUCUCCCGUCCUUUUCCUACAAGUGAAGAGAACCACAACGAUUCUUUUCUGAACUUUUUUCUUCAAAUUGCUUUCUGAUUUUUGUUUUCAAACCAUGUGUUUGUUUGUUCUUUCCAAAAAAAGCAUUCAGCAAGUUCGAUGAACAGAAGAAAGCACAGUGAUUUUCUCAACAACGGCACUAUCAACUGGAACUGUUCGUACAACGUUUUACUGAUUGAUCUCUCUGUCGAGGGUGCAAUGGGCAGUGUAGUACAGGCAAUAGCCAGGGAACACAGACUUGCACAGCAGCACAUGCAACUCCCGACUGUGGCUGCCGCCGUCGUCUGCACAAGGAGGGGCAGGAGGAGCCAAAGAGGCUUCUUGGAUUCCGACGAGCCCUUUCAUCAGCGAGCCGGAGACGGUGACGCAGCGCACGGUCACAUGCCGCGGGAGGAGGUUGCCGGCACCACACGUCGGGGAUGCUGAAGCUGCUGCUCAGGACACUACGCCACAGCCGCGCGUCCGGACGGGACCUCCGGAGCGCGCCGACUAUCUUCCCGCCGAAGAAGGAGCCGCCCAGCCUCUUGGCGAUGGCCUGGCCCGUCGCCGCCAGCCGCGGGUCCGCCUCGACGCCGCCGAACGCGUGCGCCCUGAAGAAGAACCAAUACUCCUCCGGCGGCAGUGGACGCAGAACGAUCGGCUCCGCGGUGCCAAGGCCGUCAACGUGACCGGCGUCGCUGCUGGUUACGACGACCUUGCUCCCGCGUCUGCCAGCCCGCCGCGGGGUUGGCACGAUCGCGUCGACCACCUGCUUCUUGCGCGGGUCGACCACAGGAGGACGCCGAGCUCUGCCGACGCCGGCUCGCCUUCGUCACCUUGCAGCAAGAACUCCAAAACUCGGCGUCUUUCGACGUGCCGUCCGAACAUCUGGCUGUCCGCGUAGAUGCUCGUGGCAAGCGGCCGGUACAGCGCCGGCGGGCACAUCUGCAGCAGCAUGAUGAACUCUGCGAGACCGCUGGCGACGCUUUCCAGGUCCGCGAGGACGCCGUCGAGCUCGUCGGCGCUGCCGUCGCCGUCGCCGAGCAGCAGCUUCAUGGCCGCGACGCGCAGGCGCUUAGCGGGGUUGAACGAGCUAGACAUGGAGAAAGAGCGCGCCAGCGGCACCACCCUGUUGCUGUUGCCUUUUUGCCCUCAGGAUCGAUCACAUCAAAACACGAUGAUCACACCAGCAUGGCCGUCGUUCUGAUCGCCUGCUCCGCUCGGGACCGGGAACGCGUCAAGGAGAUACCGGCCCCGGUACGCGCCAUCGACGAUCUCAGCGAGCCAGGAGAGCAGCGCGCGGCUCGUGAUCCGCCUCGCCCCGGCGGCCUCCGCGUCGCUCUCGACCCUGACCAGCAGGCGCCUCAGCCGCGCAGCUUGGCCUCGACGCUCCGCUCCCGCUGAUGGCCCAGGAGCUGCCCGGCGAGGAGGGACAUCGCCCUGCCGACCAUGUCCCCCACGACGCCGGAGACGAUGGCCUCGCCGGCCAUGGUUGUCUAGUGUUCGCGCACUUGCGCCUGCUGCCGCGGCCAAACGGGAAAGGUGACCCUUGAACAGCUCUGUGCAUUGGUACAUCUGAACACGGAGGAAAUGGCAAGACAGCGACCUGGAAGAAGUUCUUCUCAAUACUGCGGCUCCGUUGAAGUUUUACGCACGUAGCAGCCGGUAACAUCACUAAACCGAGAUGAUAGAGGAAGGGCAUGUUUGGUUGUCGAAUAACUUCGUCAAUGAUAAGUUAUUUUAGGUGCACUUGACUA